AUGUGGAGGACCAUUUUGAGUCGAGCUUCUCUGAGAAAGAUCAAAAUUUUCUCCGAUUCUAGCUCGACCACUCACUUCCCGGCGAACAGAAUCCGAACCAUCCUUUCGUCGGCCGAUCGCAAUGGUGUUUGGAAGGUAUUAGCUACAAACCCAAUUCACGAAUUGGGAAGAUUGAGCUCACUUCCUCAUAGUCAACAUUUCGCGAUUAGAGGCUACGCAAUAUCUGCGGAAGCGAUUGAUUCGACUGAUCCUGAAGACGAAUCUUCUUCCGGGUCUGAAGAAGUCAACGAAUUGAUCACGCAAAUGGAGAAAGAAACCGAGAGAGUCCGCAAAAAGGCGAGACUUGCAUCGAAGCAACCCAACGAGCUCAUCGCGGGAAUGCCGGCGAGGAAGUACUACGCGCUGAGGCAGAGGCAAGUGAAGAUAGAGACUGAGGAAUGGGAGAGAGCGGCUAAAGAAUGCCGCGAGACUCUGGAAGACAUGUGCGCGCAGAAGCUCGCGCCGAAUCUGCCUUACGUGAAGUCUCUGUUUCUCGGAUGGUUCGAGCCUCUCAGGGACGCGAUUCAAGCCGACCUCGACCUUUUCAAGGUCAAGAGAGGGAAGAUUCCUUACGCGCCUUAUAUGGAGAUGUUGCCUGCUGAUAUGAUGGCUGUUAUCACUAUGCAUAAGAUGAUGGGGUUGAUGAUGACUAACGCUGAUGGUGUUGGCGUUGUGAAAGUUGUUCAUGCUACUACUCAAAUCGGAGAAGCUAUUGAGCAGGAGGCUAGGAUUAAAUGCUUUAUGCAGAGAGAUAAGAAGAAGAAGAAUGAAACUAGCGAGACGGUUAGCGAUGAAUCAGAGACUGUGGCCAAAGAAACGGAGAAGGUGAGGAAACAAGUUGAUACACUGAUGAAGAAAAACAAUAAUGCUCGGCUGGUAAGAUAUAUAGUCAAGAAACAUGACUCAUUCAAGUCAUGGGGUCAAGAGGCUCAAGCAAAGGUUGGUGCACGUUUGAUUCAGCUAUUGAUAGAAAGUGCACAAGUACAACCUCUAGCCGAACAGUUUGACGAUGGUCCACCUGACGUCCGACCUGCUUUUAAGCAAACUCAGAAAAAUGUCACAUUAGAACAUACAAAAUCUAGCAGGAGAUAUGGUUGCAUCGUGUGUGAUCCUCUGAUCCAAAAGGGCCUUGAAAACUCAGCUAGGCAUGUGGUCAUUCCCUACAUGCCCAUGCUAGUACCUCCCCGGAACUGGACAAGGUUUGAUCAAGGCGCACACUUUUUCUGGCGUUCGAUCAUCAUGAGAACACAUGGAGCUAAACAACAAUUCACCAUACUGAAAAGAACUCCCAAGGAGCAACUGGAGCCAGUAUUUAAGGCAUUAGAUACGCUGGGAAACACCAAAUGGAGAAUAAACAAAAAGAUGUUAAGUUUGGUGGACAGAAUUUGGGCUAAUGGUGGUCGGCUUGGUGAUCUGGUUGACCGUGAAGACGUACCGCUACCAGAGGAACCCGACACCGAAGACCCGGAAGAAAUUAAGCUAUGGAAAUGGAAAAUGAAGGAUGCAAAAAAGGAAAAUGGCGAGAGACAUUCGCAAAGGUGUGAUAUAGAGCUCAAACUCGAGGUGGCACGUAAAAUGAAGGACGAGGAAGGUUUCUACUACCCUCACAACGUUGACUUUCGUGGCCGAGCGUAUCCCAUGCAUCCACAUCUUAACCAUCUCGGGUCUGAUCUCUGUCGAGGCAUCCUUGAGUUUUGUGAGGGAAAGCCUCUUGGAGAAUCAGGAUUGCGGUGGCUGAAGAUACAUAUAGCAAACUUAUAUGGUGGUGGUGUUGAUAAAUUUGCUUAUAAGGACCGGGUUGCAUUCACCGAGAGUCACUUAGAAGAUAUAUUUGAUUCUUCUGAUAGACCUCUUGAAGGAAAAAGAUGGUGGCUUAAUGCAGAGGAUCCCUUUCAAUGUUUGGCUGCUUGCAUUAACCUUUCAGAAGCCUUGAGAAGCCCCUCUCCUGAAGCAGCUCUAUCUCAUAUCCCCAUUCAUCAGGAUGGUUCAUGUAAUGGUUUACAACACUAUGCUGCUCUUGGAAGGGAUCAGUUGGGAGCAAAUGCUGUCAACCUCGUUACAGGUGAAAAGCCAGCCGAUGUUUAUGCAGAAAUUGCUGCUAGGGUUCUCGAGAUCAUGCGGCAAGAUGCACAGGAGGAUCCUAAUACAUUUCCAAAUGCCACACAUGCCAAGCUCAUGCUAGACCAGGUUGACAGGAAGCUGGUAAAACAGACUGUCAUGACAUCAGUGUAUGGUGUUACUUAUAGUGGCGCGCGUGACCAAAUCAAAAAGAGGUUAAAAGAACGUGGUGCCUUUGAGGACGAUUCACAAAAUUUUCAUGCAGCUUGUUAUGCAGCAAGAAUCACUUUGACAGCAUUGGAAGAGAUGUUUGACGCUGCUAAAGGCAUCAAGAGUUGGUUUGGUGAAUGUGCAAAGAUAAUAGCUGCAGAAAACAAAGCAGUUUCUUGGACAACUCCUCUUGGACUUCCAGUUGUACAACCCUAUCGGAAGCCUGGAAGACACUUGGUUAAGACUACUCUUCAGGUGUUGACUCUACAACGAGAGACUGACAAGGUUCUAGCGAGGAAGCAUAUGACAGCUUUCGCACCUGAUCUUAUACAUUCCCUUGAUGGGUCUCACAUGAUGAUAACAGCAGUUGCGGGUUUGAGUUUUGCAGGUGGUGGAGAGUUUCCAGAAGUCCUUCCCAAGCCUAACUUUUCCGCCAUUACCAUACCGAGGCGACUUUGA